AUGGCCGGCGGGUACCAGCUGUGGGCGCCCUGGUCGCCGCUGGACGAGUCCCUGCAGUGGCUGCGGGGCGCCACCCCCCGGCCGUGCACCAAGCACCCGUUCCGGGCGGCGCCGCGCGGCUGCUGCCCGCAGAGCGCGGCCGCGGACCUGGAGGUGCAGCUGUGCUUCCAGGGGCUCAGCCUGGUGCUGGAGCCGGGCGCCAAAGGGCCCGGCCUGCCGGCGGGGGAGCCGCGGCGGAGCGCGGCGCUGCGCAAGCCCCAGGCGGUGCGGCUCAGCGGGCUGGACUCGGUCUUCGGGCGGCUGGUGACGGCGCAGCCCCCGCGCUGGACCGGCUCGUUCCGGGUGUCGGAGCGCUCGGCUUUCUGCCAAGUAAUCAGCCCCCGGCAGCGCUGGCCCCGCGGGCUCCGCGAGCCGCAGGUCCGCAUGGCCGUGGCCAUGUGCCGGCAGAUGCUGCGGGCCAUCCUGCUGCUCUACGCCGCCUACAAGAAGUGCGCCUUCGCCCUGCAGCACUCCCGCUGAGCGGCCGGGCCGGAGAGACCAGCCGCCUCCACCGCUUCCCUCUGCCCAGCCGGCCCCGCCUUCUUCUCAGCCGAGCCGCUCCCACACAGGCGGCAGGAGUCUGCCCCAAUCACACGUGGCUGGUUUAACGUCGCGGCUGCUUCCCGGCGCUGCCGCAGCCCCAUCAGGGCCAGGCUCUGGUUGGAUUGUAGCUGCUGACUGACACCUCAACGCAUCUCUGCCUUGCCCUAGUAGCGCCUCUGCUGGCCUACUGGAGACUCUUUGCAAGACCUGUAGCUUCAGCGGACGCUAUUGGAACUGCAACCCUCUAGUUUUGUGUACAGCUAAUUUGAAAGGCUCUUCCAGUCAAGUUGAAACUGAUAUAAAGGGGGGGAUUGCGCUACAUUUCUAACUUUACCAAUGCCCAACCGUGAUUUGUUGACAGCUAACGCGUGCAACCUACAAGAAAUGAAGGUUUGCAUUACAAGAUGGAAUUUUAAAAUAGGUUGGCAACUAAUAUGCACAAGUUUUUCCUGCAUAAAGCGCACUCUACAAUAUUUAAAGUCAAAAUCCUUAUGGUUUGUUUAUAGCUAAAGGAUGAAGCCUACAAGUGUAACUUUGCUUUCUAAUAUUCAAACUGAAUACUAUUAAUUUGGUUUAGAAGUGGGAUAGGAAGGAUCUUACAGACAGAUUGAACCACUCCAACUUGAUAAACAUGCAGAUAUACACUAUGAAAUAUUUUAGUUAAUGGAUAUGUAUGUGCAAAUUUGUCUUACAAAAUGUAAGAGUAACAUUCCAAUUGGUUGCAAACAAUUUGACCUCUGCCUUGCAACAUUCAUAGUAAAAUAAAUCUUAUCAUUUGCUACUAAUCUUAGACAUGCAGUUUUCACAUAUAACAUUUAAAGGAUCCUUAUUCAUUCACGUCAAGUUACAAAACACCAAGACCAACAAGAGUUACGUUAGUGGCUUCUUCCUGCAUUCAAAGUAAAAAUUGUUAUGACUGGUUUACAGCUUAUGAACUUACAAGAAAUUCAGUUUUGCUUUACAAUGUUCAAAGUAAAAUCUGUAUGAAUUGGUUAAAGCUAAUGGAUGAGACUUAAGAAGAAAUGCACCCUUUACCUUGCAACAUUCAAGUAAGCCACUCACAUUGAAAUAAAUAUUUGUUCCUAAUGCAUAGAGGCACUUACAACCAAACAAAAAAUUUACUAUAAAUGCAUUUUUGCCUUACAUGUAUUCACUCUUAUUUGUUUACAUCUAAAUGGAUGCAACUGAUAAAAGCAUCAUUAUACUUUUAAAAUCUGUAAGUAAAACUCCUUAUGACUUGUUUACAGCUAAUGGAUGUAAUUUACAAAGAAAUGCACUUUUGCCUUAAAACAUUCCAAGAAGAGUCCUGAUAAUUUGUUUACAGUGACUGGAUACAACAGUCAAGAAAAGCACCUUUGCCUUGUAACAGUCAAAGUAAAAAUAGUUGUGAUUUGUUUCCA